ACUCGUUUUAAAACCCAGCUACCAACUCCCUCCCGUCUCAACCGAGACAUCCACGCCUAGGUAUUCUUAUUCAAACCAUUCUUCAGUCCAACGUUGAGAAGAAUAAAGCCCAUUUCCGAGACAGAACGGCACAAUGCAGCUCCUCUUCCUCGUUCUCGCUUACUCGGCUCUCGCAUCCGCCACGACGUACUUCCUCACCGUCUUCGCCCCGGACACCAACAUCGACGGCGCCCUUCUCAACGCCGCCGGCCAGGGGUUCUACAGCGGCACUUCGGGCCCAGCGACGUACUGUCCCGAGGAUAUCGGCAAGAAGUGUCCUGAAGUACAGGGAACUCUCGUCUACGGAGGACUAACCGGCAUGGCAGUCCAAGUCCCCGGCGGCCAAUCCAUCUACGUCGCGCCCUCAGGCCAAGUCGAGUACUCGCGCGCGCACUCAACGUACGUGCCCCCCGGGUCCUUCAUCGGGGGAUGGUACAACAAGACAGUCCUAUCAGACUGCGAGCCCACGCGCUACGUGCUCGACUUCCUGACCACCGACGGCACCAACAUCGGCGGCGUCAAGCUGUGUCCCGACAUCGAGUCCUGGAUGUCCGGCACGGGCGCCAGCUACCGUCUUUACGUCGGCACGCGCAACUUCAACUUGACGAACUGUAUUGAUGCUGUGGGUUUGAACUUGAAUGCCGUCGCGGCGGAUGUUGGGUGUUGGCAGUAUAUCUGAUGGAUGGCCCAGCCGCUUAUGAGUGGCGAGAUACCGUAAUGUGAAGCGAAAAGGUACCGUGAGCAAAAUAGUGUUAGCCUUGAUUUUGCCAGGACGAGCUCUUGCGAGUGUUUCCAUAGGGAUUUAGCAUGAGAAAAGUUGGUACGGACCUGGUUUUAAAAAAAGGGGAUUUGAGAAAAACGUUUGCGCUUAGGACUUAA